AUCGUCGUCGUUUGCUGCGUGCGGUGUGCGUUAUCAUGUUAAUCGCGAAGGUCGCGUUCCCGACGGUGGGAGCCGUGCUUCUCCUCGCGAGUCUCGUGUCAACGGCGGCGAGGAAGGGCCGAGAGGAACAGGAGGACGGGUACUUCGAGCAGUGCCGUUUCGUGAACGCGUGGAAGGAGCGGCUCCUCGGCCAUGUGAGCGUGCUGGCCUUCCUGGACCCGGCCUGGCAGUACAGCUUCCGCCAGGCGGUCAUGCUGGAGAUGCUGAGCUCGCGUUUGCGGAAGUCCGGUUUCCCGGACAUACGGUUCUUCGUGAUAAGCCCGUCCCCUGGCUCGACGGAGAACGAGAGCAGCGAGGACGAGCUCGAGAUCGAGGCGUGGCGGGACAUCGGGGCGAAGCACAGCGAGAUGGACAGCUUCGCGGACGACUUUCUCAGGGUCAACGAAACGAAGAUCACCUUCCUGCAAGACGAUUCGCGGUCUCGUAUAUGGGAGAAGUUCCGCGCUUCGAGGGACCAAAUGAUCAUCAUCGAUCGAUGCGGAAAGUUGACAUAUCACGUAAUAGUGCCGUGGAGUAUCCUGUUCUUUCCUUACGUAAAAGCGGCUAUACUGUCCACAUACAAGGAGGACCCGUGCGGUGGAUGCAACUUUCAGCCAGACGUCUAUCACGAGGACCACGUUGUAAAAUUAACGAAGGACACCGAUGAGGUAGAAGAGAGUACAUUGCAACGCGAGACCGACACUAGCGAUAAGUUCGAAGCAAUCACGGAAAAUCUGGAGAACAGCACUCUACAUCAUGACGAAUCGGAAGAGAAACGCGAGACGAGCACUACUGCAUCCUCCACCUUCCUCGAGGAGAUCACGAGCGACAUCGAUCAUUCAAAUCUCUCGACGGAAUCGUCAACGGAGUCCACGACUCAUCGGUACGAUAGCGACGCGACCGAGUCUCGAUUUGACGAAGAUUAUUCGAAUGCGGAAGCUACGUGGAUGGAUCAAGAGGACUCGAUGACCGAAGACUUCAGCGAAAUCGCCGUGACCCUCGAACCGCAGUCGCUUCCACCGGAACAAACGAGAGGAACAUCUCGUCCACUGAUGAACAACAAUUCUACCAUCUCCACGUAUCACGGGAACACGGCGGAUCGUGCUUUAUUGCUGGACGAACCGACUGUAACCGAAAGCGACUCGACAUCUGCAGAAGAGACAAUGACGACAUUGAAUAUCGUGGACAAAAUUCGAGAUGAAAAUAUAACACCCGAGGGCAUCGACAGUUUCAAAAAGGACACGUUUUUACGCAUAAUUAUGUAUGCGCCGCAUGUACAUAAAAACGGCAACAAGACGAAAAAGUACACACAUUUAAUACUGAAGACAGGCAAUCCCGACUUUCACGGACAUCUUGACUCUGGAGUCGACGUCGCAUCACCGGAUUCGUGGCCGGAUGUCAAUUCACCUAUAGCAAGCUCUGAGGAUUACGACUGGAGAACGACGGAAACCGAUGAAGCGGAUGAAGAAAACACUAAUCAGCAGUAUAUGUUCGAUAAAGAUGAAAGCCCAGGAUUGUACGGCGAAGUAGCAGACUAUUGGAAGAGCGAAUACGAAGAUAACGAUAUCACUGAUAGAAACGAAACAUCUAGUGAUAUUUACGAUAACGCUACGAUUAACUAUAAUGAGGAGCAUCGUAUUAAUGUCAGCGAUCAAGCAAUAUGUCCCUCGCCGCCAGAAGGAAGCCCAGCGAAUAUUACAGAAGAUCCAAAUAUCGAGAGUUCCACUGAUCCACAGAGUAUCGUUGGUACAAACACAAUCGAGCCUUCUAAGCCGAUUAAUACGAAUGAUCAGGUCGAUAGUGAAGAGGAGCGUAACAAAUUAAUCGAACAUUAUAGUAAACUUUUAUCUUGGGUCGAUUAUGAAUUAAGUAAAUAAACCAUUAGCUUCCUUUUAAUGGCAUCUUAUUAUUAAUGAGAAUGCACAACAAUUUUCUCUGUUAUUACAUUUAUUUAUUCAAGUACUAUCAGAAUUUGGAAAUUUCUGCACGAAAAUUGUCAUCAAUUGGUAAAUAUUCAGACACUGAAUAGAUGAUCAAUUUUUCAUUGUCAAGUUUUGGUAUAGGUAUAGGUUGGAGGAAAGAAGUUUUUAAUUCGAAUUAGGAUAAUCGCUAUUAUCUUGGAUUAUUCAUAGAAUAAAUAUCAAAGUUUUUAAAAA